CUUCAACAAAAACAAUCGUCGCUUUAUUGUUAAAGAUGAAAGUUAAAGUUAUCUCCAGAAAUCCGGACAAAUAUGUUCGUGAAACUAAACAGGACAUUCACAAAUCUUUUCGUAAUUACGACCGUGAAUUACACCCUUUUCAAAGCUCGAGGGAGUACGUGCGAGCCUUGAAUGCCACCAAACUGGAAAGAGUGUUUGCCAAACCGUUCGUAGGAAAUCUGGAUGGACAUCGCGAUGGUAUUGCGGUAAUGGCGAAAAGUUAUUCAAAAAUUUCGCUUAUUGCAAGUGGCGCCUACGACGGCGAGGUGAAGGUAUGGUAUGUGGCGAAUAAAAAGUGUCUAACAAGCAUUAAUGCCCACACGGGCUACUGCCGGGGAAUUGCAUUUUGUGGCGAUGGCAGCAGGAUAAUCACGAUCGGAGACGAUAAGAAAAUAAUGACAUGGAGCUACGAUCUCGAUCAGCAAGAAGACGAAACACCGAAGCCAUCAAACAUGAUUGUAACCAAAUCUGUCCUAGCCUCUUUGUCCCACAGUUUCGAUGGUCCAUGGUUUGCAACAAGUGGCGAAACCUGCCACAUAUGGGACGAGAGUCGUAACGAACCUCUGAAGGAACUGAAAUGGGGUGUUGAUUUACUACAGGACAUCAAAUAUAAUCCAACAGAAACGUCUCUCCUUGCGGCUUGUGGUUCUGAUCGUGGAAUUAUUCUGUACGACCAGCGUGAAACCAAACCUAUUCACAAAAUAAUAAUGACCUUGCGCUCGAAUCAACUUUCCUGGAAUCCCAUGCAAGCAUUUCAUUUCGCUGUAGCCAACGAAGAUCACAACCUGUAUACUUACGAUACCCGUCAGCUAACGCACCCCUUAAAAAUACAUCACGGUCAUGUCGGGUCGGCUACAUCUGUCGAUUAUGCACCCACCGGCAAAGAAUUCGUUUCCGGAAGCUACGAUAAAACCAUACGUAUAUUCGAUGCUGCAAAGGCUAACAGCAAAGAAGUUUACCACACGAAGCGUAUGCAACAUGUAACGUGCGUAAAUUGGAGCAUGGAUAAUAAGUUUAUAUUCUCUGGAUCCGAUGAAAUGAACCUACGUGUAUGGAAAGCAAAUGCAGCCGAAAAACUAGGAUCAUUACAGAUGCGCGAAAAGAAUGCAUUCAACUACAACACGGUCCUGAAGGAAAAGUAUGCUGCACAUCCUUACAUUAGACGCAUUGCUCAACAUCGCCAGGUGCCGAAAAUGGUUUACAAUGAGCAGGCAAAGCAACGUGCUUCGAAGCAAAGGGAGAAACGGAAGGAAGAAAAUAGACGACAAAAUUCAAAACCCGGUACCGUACCGUAUGUGCCAGAAACCAAGAAGAAAGUUGUCAGUACGGAACAUUAGGGUAACGUUGUAUAAAUACUAUGAAAUAAACAAUCAUCAAAACGGUAUUCCAUAUACCAAAACUUUCCAUUCGGUUUUUUAUCGCUUUUCUCUGUUCGGUAUUACAGGUUGAAGGUUAGAAAAUAGUUUUCGAUCAAUAUGUUUUAAAAGCCACUAUAUAAAGUUACUGUUCCUCAUCGCACCGAAUGAUAUUCAGCAAUUCUAUUUCGGAUAUAAUGUAAAGGAUCAUAUUUUUUUAAAUACAGUGCUGUUCAUAAAUAAGCGUCAACACAACAGAUCUGAACAACAGCAAUAGUAAGAACCACACUUGUGGACAUAAAAAAGUUUAGAGUUACAGAUCGUACAAGCAACAUGUUUGAGUUUGCUUAUAUAAACUAACGGAAAAUCUCAUAACUGGCCGGUUGAAACUGCGUAAAACUUAUGUUAGCGAUACUGACCAACGCACCCAAAAAAGUGUAAUGCCUGUGCACCCGGCACGGAAUAAAUAAAGAUAUUAUGACAAAGAUCCCCAAUAUAACUACAUAAGGACAGCUUGGACUGCAAAAAAAAGUCAUUGGUAAAUGCCUUAUUUGAAUAAUUUUGUGGAAAAAAUAUCCUUAGAAACGAGAUCUACCUGUUUGUUUUUUCGUUACAACGAUACGGCCUGGCUUAUUUUUACCACGUACCCGGAUAGUCGACCUUAACUACGGAGGAAUUGCGGUUCGGAUGGAAUUUUGCCUUUUUGGUACACCACUAUAUGGUGCCUACAUGAUUUAAAUUAUUGAAAAUGAAGCAUGUUAAAGAAGUUGAUAUUGAAUCAUUCAAAUACAGCUCAUAUU